AUGAAGAAGCAUUUGGGCCUUUCAGGGAAUUAUCUUUUGGGGUUUCUAACAGCCAUGAACGGGUUGACGAUGGGUUGGUUUGGUUACGACCAAGGUGUCUUCUCGGGUGUUCUAAUUUCUGCUGACUUCAUCUCCCAUUUUCCCAAAGUCAAAGACUCAAACAUCUCGGGUAUUACUUCCUCGUGUUUUUCUCUCGGUGCAUUUCUCGGUGCAAUUACUGCUUUCUCCUUUGGUGAGAAGAUUGGCCGUAAAAAGACGAUUCUAUGUGGCUCGAUUUUGAAUGCUAUCGGGGCUAUUCUUCAAAUCUCUGCAUUUCAUCUCCCCCAGAUGAUCAUAGGCAGAGUGAUCAACGGGUUUGGUAUGGGUCUCACCUCAUCAACUUGUCCCGUUUACCAGGCAGAAUGUACUAAGGCACAAUAUCGUGGUCGUUUGGUAGUUGUUGGCUCGUUGUCCAACACAUUUGCCUACAUGUUGGCGAAUUGGAUGAAUUUUGGGCUUUACUUUUCAAGUGGUCCAUUGCAGUGGAGAUUCCCUAUGGCGUUUCAGUUGCUGUUCCCAAUGUUUUCUGUCCCUAUCCUCUUGUUCUUGCCUGAAUCCCCAAGAUGGCUGAUGAACAAUAAAAGAUUCGACGAGGGCCUGCAAAACAUUGCAUUGCUAUGGGGCAAAGACCUCAAAUCUGAAGAUCCUCUGGUCCAGGAAGAAUACUACUCCAUUCUUUCUAUCAUUGACCAGGAAAGCAAAAACAGGGUUCCAUUGAAGGAUGUUCUUCUCUGCAAAGACAAAACUCACAACCUCAAGAGAGUCGUCUUAGGAAUGGGUACCCAGUUCAUGCAACAGUUCACUGGUGUUAAUGCCCUUGGCUACUAUAUGCCUACUAUUCUCACCACCCAACUUGGCUUUUCGAGUUCAAGGGCUAAACUUUUGUCUGCUUGCAAUGCCACUUCUUAUCUUGCAGCUGCGUUUGUGUGUUUGAUCAUCAUCGAUAUGGUUGGUCGUAGAAGACUCAUGAUCUGGGGGUCUCUCUCGUGCUGUGUCUGCUACAUUAUCGCUGCUGUUUCAGUCAAGGUUGCUGAUACGCAUCUUAAAUUUGAAAUGGGGUGUCUCACGGUGACCAUGUUUUUUCUUUACUAUGUCUGUUACGGUACUUCCUACGCGAAAGUUCCAUGGGUUUACUCUUCAGAAAUCAACUCUAUCGGAUGGAGAACUAGAGGAGCUGCAGCUGCCACUGCCACAAACUGGAUUUGUGGCUUUUGCGUUACUCAAUAUACUAAGAAGGCCAUUGACAACAUGAAAUGGGGGUUCUAUUUGCUUUUUGCAUGUAUCGUUCUCUGCUAUGUUCCCGUGGUGUACUUCCUAUACCCUGAGACUUCUAGACGUACCUUGGAAGAUAUCGACUACAUGUUCCAAGAGUACGAUGUGGUUAUUGUAUCCCGUUACAAGGUGCUUACUCAAAGAGGAAGAGCUGAGGAAUUUGCUAUCAAUGAGGAACAGAGAGUUCAAGAUGUUACUCAUUCCAAGGCUCUCGGUGAUGAAAAGUCGUCCCUGGCUGAGCAUGUGGAGACGAUCUGA